GGGGACCCAGCUGCCCAGCCCUUGUAUUGCAGCAAAAGGUAUGCAAAAGUUUGCUCCGGGCAAGAAUCGAACUUACGCUCCCAAUAUCUUCAGUAUUGUACUUUACCACUAAGCUACCAGAGCCUUUUUACUUAUCUAACAUCAUUACUCCUUAUUUGCCCCCAGUUGGAGUCUUUUAUUUUUGCGGUCCGAGGUCCCCUCGGACCCUUAUUCCUUUUACUUUUUUAUUCCUUUCCUUUUACUUAUUUUACUUAUUUUUACUUUUUGUUACUCUGGUUUUGCUUAUUUUUUUUU